AUGGACUGGAUGAAUUCAGUCGUGAUGGAAUGGACAACGGACAGUCAAGUGGUGAAACAAGUGGAAGCUCUUUUAUUGAUGCCUCUCUCAUUUUUAUCAGAAGCUUUGAGACAGAGUCGAGAUGUGACAAUAUGGAGUCUGGAUAAAGUCUAUGAGUGGUUACAAGUCAAGUCGAAAACGAGUGAUGUGGAUGUACCGGAAGAAGAGUUUCUUACACCUUUAGUGACACAUCAAGCUACAAUCCAAACGAUUGGAGAAAAAGUAACGGCACAGGAAUUUCGGGCACUGCAUGACGUGAAACGUUUUGAAAAACGCCGGGUCACAAUUGCAUCUGCCACCAACUCGAUCAUUGACGAAACCCGGACUCUCGUACUUGAAAGUAUCGUGAAUGUAAAAAUGGCUGCGGUGGAGUUGAUUGAAGCACGCACAAGGCAACUAGCAGAAAAGUAUGCUCAAGCAUUUGAGCAGGCACUCAAAGACUACGAGCGUACAUUAUGGCAAGCAGAAGAAGAGGACCGAAAUGCGAUAGUAGCUGAAAUGACGGCUGAAGGUCAGGCGCAAGUUGAUGCUGCAGCAGGCUUGAAGCGAUAUUUAUCAGUGUAUGAACUGAUUAUUGAUGACAAGUUGAAGAAAUCUUCCGUCUUUAGAGACCAGUCUUCUUUUAUGGACGAAGUGCAGGACAAGCGUUUCACUGGACAUCGUCUCGCAAGUAGCCAACUAGCUGAACAGAGCAAGCUGUCUGUAGCCCUGUCUGACAUGUCCGUGUCGAGAAAGCAAAGUUCAGCUGAAAGUAUGCUAGGCGGUAAUUUUGACGAUGAAGACGAGUCUCAAGCACUUACUGAGACUGCUAAUGGAGGUCUAGUGGCAGUUGAGCUGGGAGAAGCACCAGCUAUGGAGCACAGCUUCUCACAAAUGACAUCGGAACUUGAGCUUGACAGUAAGGAGCAGGUUCGUGUGCCGACUGUUUCCGAAGUUUCAUUAGUUAGCGAGUCAAGUUUGUCGGAGAAAGUGGUCGAGGAUGAUUAUAUCAGUGGAGACGAUUUACGGCUUUCUGCCAAGCACGCCGAAACUGAUUCUUUAAACGCUGUACUGGAAUCUACGGACAGGCGCGAGGCAAUCAGUGAGGUGGAACAGACGUUUGUAACGCAAGUUUUAGUGAACGUCGGUAAUGCUUUGCUAGAGGCGGAACUGAUGCAAACGGAAGUAUCAAGUUUUCUUGCCGCGCAAAACAUAUCUGAAGAAGACGCGCAACUCCAACAGCAAAAUCGAGUAAAAGCGCAAUUAAAAGCCCCGGUUGACGCAAGCGACAUGAAGCUUGUGGAAGAGCUGACUUCAUUUGCUGAUAAGAGCUUUGAAAAGGUAGAAGUGAACGCGCCUGAUGUUAAUGUGAGAACUUGGCUGGCCGCUCAGGCUGGAUCUGAGGGCGAAGGCAUCUUGGAGAAAGAGAGAGUGGCGACGACCAAGUACAUGGAAGCAGAUUCUAAAGAGACUCUGUGGUACGACGACGCGGAGAUAGGUACACAAAGCGAGCAACUGAAUGCUGAAUCGGUACUUGACGUAAAUGUGAAUGGUGUGCAAGAGGUGCUUACAGAGCUUCAUUACACAAAAGAAGAGUCGAGGACCUUACGUAAUGAUGGAGCUUUUGUGGAAAGGGAGUUACCGAAGAGCCCUGUUGGUGAAGCUAACGAAGCUGUACGAGAAUGCACAGGGUGCCUUGAAAUUGAGGAAAAUGCUAAUGGAGCUAAAUUGACUAAUUUCAAGAAAGUGGAAUCGGAAAGCGUGAUAGCGGCGAGAGAAUUUGAAGAGUUAAAGCAACUGGAACAGAUAGUGUUGCAGAAGGAAGCUGAAUGUAUUCGAGUAGAAGAAGAGCUGCGUAUGAUUGCUGAAAAGGAAAGAAUUCCGCUGCUAGAGGAUCUUUUACCUGCUAAAGGCGAAAUUUCUCAUGAGGACGCGGUGCCUGGACAUUACAGAUUCUCUGAUGUGACGAAGCGUGCAGAAGCGGUUAUGGAUGUUGAAAGCGAAGAGUGGCAAUUAAGUCCCUCUGACACAUUUUUGUUGACACCCAGACCCGCUUUGUUGCAGAUCAGUCUGUUUUCAUUGGCAUUUUUUGGACUUGCGGCGUUGACAGUAUAUCUAUAUGCUCGUCCCCGCAAGCAUGGAUUCUUUGCCCAUUCACUUCGCCGACGUAAGCGGUGGCAGCGACAUGCUGAUAUAGAGGAGUCUGAGGCUGAAGAGGUGGUGUUGUUGCCUGACGACAGUUCGGAUGAGGAAGUUGACACCACUGCUGCUGUAGUCAAGCAGUCCAGUUUGAAAGGCUUUGGGGGACUUGCUAAUGUUGAGGUUGAAGCGAUUGAAGCUAUGUCUUCUGGAGGCGAGGAAGAUGAUGAAAACGAGAAAAAAAGUAGCGCGAAUUAUAGAAGUGUCGAUGAGCCAGAAGAUAAUGAGGAGGAGGACCUGGAUGCCGAGAGAUCUCACUUGAUUGUCACGGAGCGUGUCCAGACAAUAGUGCAUACGGUAGACCAUCCUGUUGCUUCAAGUUUGGAUGCUAUAGCUGAUGACGAUGACACUGCUAGUAUAUCACCGAUAGCUUCAGGGCAGAAAACACCCGACACUUCACAGCACGCGCGACUGCGGCGACGUGGAAUCCGUACUUGA